CUCAAACAGAAAUGAGUCUCAAAAGAGCUUCUCUAACUUUCCUAUCUUCCCUUCUAGUUGUUUCCAUAGCCACACAGUUCAUAGUUCCAAGCCAACCAUGUCUCAAGUACCUCACUGAUCUAAGUUCCAUUAUCACCUCAUCACCCAUUAUUUCAACAGUCAUCAAAUAUUACCUUGGGGACCAUCCCCACGACCACCACCACCACCACCAUAAGAAGGCAAAAGACUCUAUUUGUGACAGCUUUCCACCUGACUUCCCUCCCCCAGACACUAAUACCACCUCAAUUUUUUGCGUAGAUCAAAGUGGGUGUUGUAAUUUCACUACAGUUCAAUCAGCUGUUGAUGCAGUUGGAAAUUUUAGCCAGAAAAGAACUAUUAUAUGGAUCAACUCUGGAAUUUACUUUGAGAAAGUGAUGGUACCAAGGACCAAACCCAACAUCACAUUUCAAGGACAAGGGUUGGGAUCAACAGCAAUCGUGUGGAAUGACACUGCAAACUCUUCACAUGGCACAUUUUAUAGUGGUUCAGUUCAAGUUUUUUCCAACAACUUCAUUGCUAAGAACAUAAGCUUCAUGAAUGUAGCUCCAAUGCCCAGCCCUGGUGAUGUUGGAGCUCAAGCAGUGGCCAUUAGGAUAGCAGGAGAUCAGGCUGCCUUCUGGGGCUGCGGCUUCUUUGGAGCACAAGACACACUUCAUGAUGAUAGAGGUCGGCAUUACUUCAGGGAUUGCUUCAUCCAAGGAUCCAUUGAUUUCAUCUUUGGAGAUGGAAGGUCAUUAUAUGAGAACUGCCAGUUGAUAUCCAUAGCUAGCCCAGUACCAGUAGGACAGAAGAGCAUAGAUGGAGCAGUUACAGCACAUGGUAGAGCUUCCAAGGAUGAGAACACUGGCUUCUCUUUUGUUAACUGCAGCAUUGGAGGGACUGGAAGAAUAUGGCUUGGUCGAGCAUGGAGGCCUUUCUCCCGCGUUGUCUUCGCUUACACUACCAUGACUGAUAUCAUCACCCCGGAGGGAUGGAAUGACUUCAAUGAUGUUACCAGAGAUCAGACCAUCUUCUAUGGGGAAUACAUGUGCUCAGGUGCAGGAGCAAACAUGACACUGAGGGCUCCUUAUGUCCAAAGACUCAACGACUCUCAAGCUUCUCCUUUUCUUAAUUCAUCUUAUAUUGAUGGAGAUCAAUGGCUGCAGCCCUUCCUCUAGGGGAUCUUUUCUUUCUUUUCCUUUUAAGAUUCUAUUUUAUUAUUCAGAUUGUAAUAAUAUCAUCUAUCUAUCUAUCUGUCUGUAUAUCUAUCUGUUCAUUCAAUUAUCCAUUCAUUAUACUCUAUGUAAGUUGUUCACAAAUGAAAUGUUGUUUUUGUUCUGUACUUGGCAUA